AUUUUGGUCUACACCCAGUGCACUGCGCACAGCCAAUCCUGUUAGUAUGAACCAGGCUGACCAGGAGAGAGGAAGGUUGUGAUUUCAGGAGCACUAGGCGUUUUAGCUUCUGUAAUUUCUGGGGCCAAGUGCUUCAUAGUAGCAGCUGCUCGGUGAACAGCAGGGCAAGCCUUUGUUAUUGUCACAGCAGUGUUCCUUUUACUCAUCUGUCGAGGGGGGGGGGAGCAAAGUGGGGGUUUGAUAUAGAGGGAGAAAAGAGAAUCUUUGUGCUCCUGCUGCAUUGCUGAGGUUGGUUUCAGCCUGUUUUGUUUUGUUUGUGUAAAGACUGCUGCCACAGCUACAGCGUUCAUUUUUUUUUUGGUGUGUAUUGGCACUGAGCUCAUCGGGGAGAGUUGAGUUUUCUGUGUUGUGGUACCAGCUGAGUCAUCAUGUCUGAUCUGACGCCUCAGAGUGAUGCCCCAACCCCCACCACUGACAAGAUCACACAGGCUGCCAGGGAGACCAUUUACCUUUGCAACUUUCGGGUCUCUGUGGAUGGAGAAUGGCUUUGCCUGCGAGAACUGAACGACAUUUCUCUCACUCCCGACCCCGAGCCAGCCCACGAAGACUCAUGGGAGGAUUUCACAGAUUUGCUGGAGCAAAUGCAAAUGCUUGAUGAGUUUGAAGAUCCCAAGGAUCCUAUUGCAAUCGAAAGGCUGAAUUUGAUGAAUAUGGCUAAAUUGAGCAUAAAGGGAUUGAUAGAGUCUGCGCUGAACCUUGGGCGAACACUGGACUCUGACUACGCUCCUCUUCAGCAGUUCUUUGUUGUGAUGGAACACUGUCUAAAACACGGACUAAAAACAAAGAAGACUUUUCUUGGACAGAAUAAGUCUUUCUGGGGACCCCUGGAGUUGGUGGAAAAGUUAACCCCUGAAGCAGGUGAAAUCACAGCCAGUGUUAAGGAUCUGCCUGGACUCAAAACUCCCAUAGGCAGGGGAAGAGCCUGGCUCCGUCUUGCUUUAAUGCAGAAAAAAUUAUCUGAUUAUAUGAAGACUUUAAUCAACAGAAAGGACCUUCUCAGUGAAUUCUACGAACCAAAUGCACUGAUGAUGGAAGAAGAAGGAGCUGUGAUCGCUGGACUUUUAGUGGGGCUAAAUGUGAUUGAUGCAAACCUUUGCAUGAAGGGAGAAGAUCUAGAUUCUCAGGUUGGCGUUAUAGAUUUUUCUAUGUAUUUAAAAGAUGGAGGACACAGCAGUAAGAGCACUGAAGGAGAUGGGCAGAUUACAGCAAUUCUCGACCAGAAGAAUUAUGUGGAAGAACUUAACAGACACCUCAGCGCUUCAGUGAAUAACCUGCAAGCAAAAGUGGAUGCUCUAGAGAAAUCAAAUACAAAACUAACAGAAGAGUUGGCAGUGGCAAACAACAGGAUCAUAACCAUGCAAGAAGAGGUAGAACGAGUUAAGGAGGAGAGUUCCUAUCUUCUGGAGUCAAACCGUAAGGUGUCUAAAGUGGAUGGGAGUGCUGAUGGACAGGUAUUAGGUGAAACACGGAAACAGCUCAAGGAAGAAACCCAGCUUCGUCUGGAUGUGGAGAAAGAGCUGGAAGUGCAGAUUGGAAUGAAGCAGGAGAUGGAGUUGUCCAUGAAGAUGCUGGAGAAAGACAUCUGCGAAAAGCAGGAUGCUCUGGUGGCUCUCAGACAGCAGCUGGAUGACCUCAGGACACUCAAUCAUGAGCUUUCUCAUAAGUCACAGAGCUCUGACACUGCUCUAAAACAGAAGAGUGACAUUAUCAGCCGUUUAGAAGAAAAAGCAAACCAGAUGGCUGGAACAAUUAAAGUACUUGAACAGAGAUCGCGUCAAGCAGAGAGGGAACGGGAUUUAGCAGAAGAGGCCAACCGGCUGUUCAAGAAGGAGUUUGGGGACAAAAUUGAGAGCCUGCAGCUUGAGAUCGAGCAGCUGAGAAAGCAGAGGUCCGUUUUGGAGCUGGAGAAAAGAGAAAGAGAGAGGAAGACAGGCCUCCAUAUUGAGUCCGUAGCAGUGGAUAUAAAGGCAUCUCCACCAGUGAAAAACUACAAGCAGCAGAUGAAGGAUAUAAAAAGGGAGCUUCAGGCUGUUAAAGAAGAAAAUGUUAAAUUAAGAACUGUUUUAGAUGGAAAAGAAAGCCUCAACUCAAGUUUAUCGUCUCAGACUGAAGAAGAACAGGACCAGUCUUCAACUAAAAACAGUCAACCUUCAUUAUGCAGACUGUGCAAAGAGGAAGAUUCCUUAGCAAGAGUGAAGAAGCAAUGUAAUAACUGCAGAGAAGACUUCUGUGAGAACUGUCUUGCGAACGAAUUGCCUUUGCCCUCUUCAAUUAAUCCUGUGCAAGUGUGCACUGUGUGUCAUAAGAAAUUACUCAAGCAAUACUCCUCAAGUCCAGUUUAACAUAUCGAGAAUCUUGGUAAAACCAGGAAUUCAGCAGCUGUUUAUUUUGUAUAAAUGAGUUAGCAUAUCAUCUAAAACAGGUAGAAGGGUUUCAGUUAUCUUAAUUGGGUGCUUUUAUCUGAGAAAAAAAUACUACAAGGCUUUUUGGAUUUAUUUUCAGUGAUGUAAUCUGAAUGCUCACUUUGACCAACAGUAGUUACUAACAACACAGUCAAGGCAAUGCAUGAAAUGUUCUUUCAAGUGCUUGUAUUGUACAUUUAAUACCUCUUUCUGAUGACUGCAUCAGAAUGAAUUAUGAAAAAUUUUAGAAAAUGUCCACCGAGUGGAUUUAUGUGGUGCAUGAGUUAACUGGUUUUUCUGCAUCUGUUGUGUUGUGUAUAUAUAAUAUCGGGUAAUGCAAUGAAAGGUUAUCUAAAUGGUAACAUCUUUGUUGUAUUACACAAUAUAAAUAAUAUAAACUCUAUAAUCUGUAAAUUCUAUUUACCAUUUUAAAAGGUAACCAAUACUUUCUGUAUGUGCAAACUGAAUUAAUUUUAAUCUCUCUUUAUGUACUAUACCAUAAAAAUGUUACAAUCGUGAUAAUGAUUCUAAGUGCAAUACACAGUGUUUUAUUUCACCCUAUGAUUAUCAGUCUUAAUUUAGGAAGUAACACUUUUUAGUUCAAUAUGCAGGACAGCUUUUUUUCUCUCUUAAAUUCUUACACAAAUGUGUGCAGCACACCCCAAAACGUUAAUGUCACUGGGCAAUAGAGAAGACAUUUUUCCUGCACUGUACUUUGUAAGCCAUAGAAACAUGCACAGAUUUAAGCCAAACGUAACACCACUUCCCUACUUUACAUUUGUUUGUGGCCUGUCAGUUGGAAUAAAUAUGGAUUCUUGGUUGAAGUAGUAUGAUUUUACAAUUUAAAAAAAACUGAAGUGGAAGACCUUUUAACUUUUGCUUUGUAUGAUGUAUUGUUAGUUGCUGACACAAGUUUAAUCAUUAUUCCUGUUAUCAAAAUACGAGUGUGCAGUUUAUUGGAGCUUUAGUGUGAAAAGCAUUUUGUGACCUCUAAAUUCACAAAAGUACUGUUUUUUUAGCAUUUAUUAGCUGAAGUUUUUGCUGUUUAAUAAUAGAAGCUGUUAACAAUUGUGCUCUAUCCUCAUAACUUGGAUUCUCAAGAUGCAGACUUUCUUGCAGAAUAGUAACUGGUUAGAACUGAGUUAUCUUCAGUUUUUAUUUUGAAAACUGUUAAACCUUAACUUUUUAUUAAAGUAAUAGAGAAUGGUCAUCAUUUUCAGUAAUUCAAAUGUUUUUCAUUGUUUUAUAUGGUUAUGGAAAUUGUUGCUGAAUAAUGGUUAAAUUAUUAAACUAAAUAUGUUCCUUGAUUUGAAUGAAUAAAUAAAUGAUGAAAUAAC